UAAGUUUGUUCUUUGUGCUUCUUACUCGGGAUUUCUUUGAACUGGUAGCUGUUGUUUUCUUUCAAGAUGCUAUAUGAUGUUACUUUAGCGCUUGUGACCGCCGUCGUGCUGUCGGCUGCAGAUGACAUGGAUGAGAAAUGUCCGAUAUUUGGCACCAUGGCCUGUGCUGAGCUCAUCAGAGAAGGAGAUGUACUUCGUUUUCAAAAUAAACCGCUUGAGGAAAAUGAAGAAAACUUGGAAAGACAAUGCAACGUUACAUUGCCAUACAUGAAAUGUGUGAUUGACUUCGGAGCUCAAUGUCGAAAUUAUACAGAAAACAUUUACUACCAGAUGUUCAAAGAUCAGCAUUCUACAUACCUUAAAAUUUGUGACAAGAAUAGUGAAUUCAGAAGAUCAUUCUUAGACAGUGUUAAAUGUCUGAAUGAGCUGAAUGAAGACCAAUGUGGAAACUUACCCCGCCUUCCUGCAUCCUUAAAAGAUUUUACGCAGGAAUUCUGCUCGGCUCUUAGAGAAUAUUUACAAUGUGAUAGUGAAAAUGUCGAGGAGAAAUGUGGAAGCAAAGCUAUGCUGGUAGCGAAGGAAAUAACAUCAUUUAAUUUCAAAGGUUUUGAAAAAGGUUGUAGUAUACUCCAAUUCUGAAACAUGAAAAUGCUAACAAGCAAAUAUGCUGAGCUUUGUAAAUGGAUGAAAGCUUGAUAAUACUCAAUAAGCGUUCAACUUGUUUUCCAAAUUGUUUUCUUUUGAUUAAUAAAAAUUUCUUUUGCUUGCAAGAA